GGAAAGAAAGCGAGAGAGAGGACCCAGGAGAAAGGGAUAAGGCAGAUCCUAGGAAACGGGAGGAAGAGAGAGACUCCUGUAGGAAAGGGAUUCGGGGAGAGGAGAGCAGGGGAAAAAGCGUUCCCAGAGAAAGCCUGGAGAGAAGCGCAAGGAUCAGGACUGCUCGCAAGCAUCUGACUAGUUGAAGGCAUCAAUCGAGGGCUAAGGGCUGCUAUCGGGGCCGGGGGACGAAGCGGCAGCGUGUGCAGAGCGAGGAGGGACCUGGCGCUGGCUCGUGGAGAUUGCGUAACUUGGGCGGCGAAAAUGGUCUUCGUCCAACUUUUCUGAUGCCGGUGGGCCGGUCGUCUCUAGCGGGAAGGGCUCCCACGAAAACUGUUUGAGUAAUGCUGGGAAGUGAAGGAGGUGUUGCUGAAGUCCUGCAAAAGUAUUCCUGUGUAAAGGCCUCUAUACUUUGAUUUGGAAAGAUACUAAAAUACCCCAAGAAAUCUUUGACCAUUUCAAGGUAGUGGUGUGUGGGUUUUUUGGAGAUGGUGCUAUCUACAGAGAAUCUUCAUGGAUUCUAAUGCUGGCAUCAGUGCAAGAAGAGUGGCAGGAAUGGGUUGGCUCUGGAUGGCCUGCUUCUUUCAUCUGGUCUCCUCACUAGAAGAAAUACUUUUGGAUACAACUGGAGAAACCUCAGAGAUUGGCUGGACUACCCACCCUUCUGAUGGGUGGAAUGAGGUAAGUGUCCUGGAUGACAAGAAGCGCCUGAUCCGAACCUUUCAAGUCUGUAACGUGGCUGAACCAGGUCAGAAUAACUGGUUGCGUACUCACUUCAUAGAGCGACAUGGAGCCCACCGCAUCCAUGUCCGUGUCCGUUUCUCAAUGAGAGAUUGUUCCAGCAUGCGCACUGUGGCUUCUUCUUGCAAGGAGACUUUCACACUCUACCACCACCAGUCAGAAGCUGAUACAGCCUCUCAGGAACUGCCAGAGUGGCAUGAGGGCCCCUGGAACAAAGUGGAUACUAUUGCAGCUGAUGAAAGCUUUUCCCAGGUGGACAGCACUGGGAAGCUGGUAAAGAUGAAUGUUAAAGUACGUAGCUUUGGGCCACUCACCAAGCAUGGCUUCUACCUGGCCUUCCAGGACUCGGGAGCCUGCAUGUCCCUAGUGGCAGUCCAAGUCUAUUUCUACAAGUGCCCAGCUGUGAUUAAAGGAUUUGCCUCCUUCCCGGAAACUUUUGCUGGAGGGGAGAGGACCUCACUGGUGGAGUCAUCAGGGACAUGUGUACCAAAUGCUGAAGAGACAAGCAUGAUUGGGUCUCCAGGUGUUCGUUUGCACUGCAAUGGAGAAGGGGAGUGGAUGGUGGCCAUUAGACGAUGCACCUGCAAGGCUGGCUACCAGCCUGUUGAUGAGGAAUGAGCCUGCCAAGUCCCCUCUGCUGUCCCUAUGAUGCAUCAGGUGAGUCGUACUACUAAUUGCAUCACACUGUCAUGGCCUCAGCCAGACCAGCCCAAUGGCAUCAUCCUGGAUUACCAGCUACGCUACUUUGACAAGGCAGAAGAUGAGGAUAAUUCAUUCACCUUGACUAGUGAAACCAACAUGGCCACCAUAUCAAAUCUGAGCCCAGGCAAGAUCUAUGCCUUCCAAGUACGAGCUAGAACAGCAGUGGGCAAUGGCCCAUACAGUGGAAAGAUGUAUUUCCAGACUUCAGUGGGAGGGGAGCGCUCGGAGAUGGUGCAGGACCGACUGCCGCUUAUCGUGGGCUCAGCGCUCGGUGGUCUAGCCUUCUUGGUAAUUGCUGCCAUUGCCAUCCUUGCCAUCAUCUUCAAGAGUAAAAGGCGAGAGACUCCAUAUACAGACCGCCUGCAGCAGUAUAUCAGUUCACGAGGACUUGGAGUGAAGUAUUACAUUGAUCCUUCAACCUAUGAAGAUCCCAAUGAAGCUAUUCGAGAAUUUGCCAAGGAGAUUGAUGUGUCUUUCAUCAAGAUUGAGGAGGUCAUUGGAUCAAGAGAGUUUGGCGAGGUGUGCUUUGGGCGCCUAAAACAUCCAGGGAAGCAUGAAUACAUAGUAGCAAUUAAGACCCUGAAGUCAGGUUACACAGAUGAACAGUGGCAGGAGUUCCUGAGUGAGGCCAGCAUCAUGGGGCAAUUUGAGCAUCCCAAUGUCAUCCAUCUGGAGGGUGUGGUCACCAAGAGCCGACCAGUCAUGAUUGUCACAGAGUUCAUGGAGAAUGGAUCACUGGAUUCCUUCCUCAGGCAGAAGGAGGGACAGUUCAGUGUGUUACAGCUGGUGGGAAUGCUACUGGGGAUUGCAGCUGGCAUGCACUACCUUUCAGACAUGAACUAUGUGCAUCGUGACCUGGCAGCACGUAACAUCUUAGUCAACAGUAACCUUGUGUGCAAGGUGUCAGACUUCGGUUUGUCCCGCUUUCUGGAGGAUGAUGCUUCAAAUCCCACCUAUACUGGAGCUCUGGGCUGCAAAAUCCCCAUCCGUUGGACUGCCCCUGAAGCUGUCCAGUAUCGCAAGUUCACAUCCUCCAGUGAUGUCUGGAGCUAUGGCAUUGUCAUGUGGGAGGUCAUGUCCUAUGGUGAGAGGCCUUACUGGGACAUGUCUAAUCAGGAUGUAAUUAAUGUCAUUGACCAGGACUAUCGCCUGCCACCACCCCCGGACUGCCCAACUGUUUUGCACUUGCUGAUGCUGGACUGUUGGCAGAAGGAGCAGGUCCAGAGACCCAAAUUUGAGCAAAUAGUCAGUGCCCUAGAUAAAAUGAUCCGCAAGCCAUCUGCCCUCAAAGCCACUGGCACUGGAAACAGCAGACCAUCUCAGCCUCUCCUGAGGAACUGUCCUCCAGAUUUCCCUUCACUCAGCAACGCCCAUGAGUGGUUGGAUGCCAUCAAGAUGAGUCGUUACAAGGAGAAUUUUGACCAGGCUGGUCUGAUUACAUUUGAUGUGAUAUCACGCAUGACUCUGGAAGAUAUCCAGCGUAUUGGCAUCACCCUCACUGGUCACCAGAAAAAGAUACUAAACAGCACCCAGCUCAUGCAAGUCCAUUUGAAUCAGCUUGAACCAGUUGAAGUGUGAUGUUUACACCAUCCUUAUUCCACUAGUCUCAAACUCUGGAAAAGUUCGGGGAGAAUUUGAGGGAAUUUUCACUGUAAGAAAAAGAGGUGUCAGUACGCUACCUGAAGAUUUAAUGCACCCAAAGAAUGCACGCAACAUGUCCUGUUCCGUGAACAAAAAAUGAAGUCUUGCCAUGAUUUGAAAGCAGAGCUGAAUAACUGGUGGCUUGUAAAUGUGGAUGACAUCAUACAUUGGGAAUGGGUUGGGGAAGGGAAAGUUACUAUAACAUCGGGAGGAGAUGGAAUAAUAGCUUGGACAGAUCACAAGCACCUGUUACUUCUUCUCUGCCAAUGAAAAGUAUCAGACGACUUUACAAAGCUAUCAGCAGGCUUUAUCUGUGGCUGGGAGCCCAGCAAAGCUGCAAAGACGUAAUGAAGGCAACAAAAAAUAACCAUUUUUUUCCAAAGGUGUGAGAGAUUAUUACUCAGAUUGAGAUGAGUCUCAGGCUGUCACAUCAGGCAUCAAGCUACCAGCUUGGUCUGGAACUCAAGUUCCACUUAGUGCACAAUAUGUGGCAAGCAAUAAGACAUGUCACCUGGUAAAGAGGCUGAGAGUAAAGGGCUCAAAAUUCUGUGCUAUUUCAUGUGCAGUUCUUGGGUCUGCUCCAUGAUCUAGGAGGGAAACUUACUAACGCUUUGUGCUGAUUCAAGGAAGAGCAAGUUCUUGGUGCUACACAACUCUAUGGGACUGCAGCAGAAUGGAACAAUAAGGAUUCCUAGAAUCCAUCAUGCUGGAUCUGCAAGUGGAGAGAGAAACAAGGCAUCAGUUGUGAUAUUCUGAAAUCCUGAGCACCCAGAAUUUGGGUUUUUGUCUCUUCUGGCCCCCUUACAGGUAUUGAAGAAUGUGAAAAAAAUCUGAAGCCCUCUGCUGCUGAAAAAUACUUGUUCUUUUCUCACCCUAACCAGCUACAUCAGUGGGCACAGUUCAUUAAAUAAAUGCAGACAUGCAGUAGUCAACUCCAAAUAGUCAAUUGGAAUGUAGAAGAUAAAAAUAAUUCAAAAAGUUCAUGUCAACUUUUUCAAAAAGUUCAUGUCAUGUCAGUGAUCAGGGAAGUGUAUCAGUCCUAUGAGUCAAUUCAGUCCUUAAAAGACAAAUAACAAUGGCCUUGGGCUCAACUGUGUUGUCAAGUAGAGGUGCAUGAGAAUGACCAGAAUUACAAAGUUUAUGUCUCCUUUGAGACAGACAAGUAUCUGCUUAAAGAAAGAUCUGCUUUGAGGAGGAGCAGAGCUUCAGAACUGUGUCUAUCUUUAUGCAAGAUUAUGAAAACUUGAAGCUGAGUUCAAGAGGAAAACUCAUAAACUAUAUGCUUGUCCACCUCACCAACAUAUAGGAAGGAAAAUUGAAAUGGCCUUGUUAAGCAAGACCCCAAUGAGGACAUUACAUAAAAAGACACCUUCUCUGGGUCUAGAGAGGAAAUAACCAUAGCUGUUCCGAUCUGUGCCCAUCUGCUGGCUCACUGUGAACUAGUCAUGAACUUACUGUAUUUCUUCAGCUGUCAAGGUUAGAAUAUCACAACUUCUACAGAUACUACUCCUGUAUGUAUUUAAGGAUUCCCCCAGUCAACCCAGCAACUGAAGACUGAGAAGCCAUAUUUAAUAGUUAUUGAAGAGUCCCAUAAUAUCCUAGGAGGUGCUCCAGAACAGUUGCACUAGAACAGCCAACGGAGUUCAGACUCUGUAUAACACCAUUAGAGCAACAUUAUUGGGUUUUUUUAGUUGAGGGAGAAUAGCAGCACAUUCUUUCAAGAUAUAAAGUCAAUACAAAAUGCAAGAAAACAAGAAUAAAACAUUCACGGCAGUACAAAGAGGGUGUGAGGAUUAAACAAAAAGCCUCAUCAGACUAGAGUGAGUCCAACCCUAGAAAAUUUGAGUCUGUUGCUUUUUAAGAGGGUUCUAUAAACUUACAAUUCUCAUAAAUGCAGUUACAUGUAUGCUGACUGACUGUCAUCUCCACCUACAGUAUCUCAGACUGAACAAAUACUGGCCUCUUCAGAAAGCGUAUUGAGCACAAGAUGUUGAGGGGAAUCUGUGUGAACUCUAGCACAUUCCAUAUGUAUUCACCAAAGGACAACAGUGCAUGUAUGUGCACUUGUAUAUGAGUGUGUUCUCAAAGUUCUGUGGGCCAUUUGGGGAAACACAGCAGGUUAUGUUUUCCAUGCCUUGGGUGGUCAAGAUUAGUGGAGAAAUUUGUGAUCUAGUUCAAAUCCUACGGCCUCUUUUCAGCCUCAUGGAAACUUAUAUGCAGAAAAUAUGUUUUCUCUCUCUCCGUGCAAUGGGAGACAAAAUGGGAGCCUUGUCUGAAUCCCAUACCAAUGACAAUGAGCUUUAAUAGCUCCUUAGUGAAAUGAACUGCUUGGUCAUAGUUCAAGCAGUAGGACAUUUACCUUUGCAUAUGAAGUCUAUGACAAAGUUGUUGAUCGCUGUACCAAGGCAGGCAAGUAGUGAUUGGACAUCAUAGAUCUCUUCUUCCUCCUGUUCUAAGUCAAGGUUGAAAUGUCCCUAUGGUAGUUCCAAGGGGUCAGGAGUCAAGAUGUAGAACUGCACGGGAGCAGGCUUGGGGUCACAGACAGAGUGCAAAAGGAUAAUAGUUUUCUGUUAGAAGUCUUUCCAUUCUCUUUAUUUCCAGGAUGUUCCCUAUUUUCAGAGUACUUAAACUCUUCCAUAAUUUGGGAUGCAAAGACUCGUGUCACAAUGUAUCUUGUGUUAAUUGUGAUCAUGUCCGUCCUCAAAUCCUCAAGCGUGAAUGAAAGGCAGUCAUGGCUAAAGCAUUAGAAACAUCCUGAUCCCACUUUUCUCAAUCAUGUGAAAGCAGAAAUCCUACAUUCUGUUUCCACAGACAUCAUCUAGGAUGUCCUGCAGUGUAUAAGCGCCCUCAACAGCUAGGGAUGAGAAUCAGGAGGUAAAGGAGUGGGACUCACCUAGGCACCUGAUAUCUGUCCUUCACCAGAAGAAUGAAAAACACUGUAAAAAAUCUCACAGAGCCAUAUUCUUUGCCAGAGAAGCAGUGGGAGUUACGGCCCACAUUUACUCCGUAUGUUAUCUAUAGUUUGCAGUGCAAAAAUAGACUGAGUAAAUUAAAUGCAUGGGUAUCAGUGCAUAGACCUUCAUGAUGGCAUUAAGCAUUUGUAUGAAAAUUCAGAAGAGUUCUACCUACAGUUGUAAAGAAUAUAUUGCAAAGAAUAAUAGCUCUUCUGCUUAAACACCAACUUUCCACUAUCUGGAGACAGUAAGAAACUUCAUCUUAAGACAAGCUGUUUU